AUGGAAGUAAAAUUCAUUACUGGCAAGCACAGUGACAGGACACCUCAGAGGACUAAGCCACAAAGAAUUUGCAGAGCCUUGUGGCUAACUCCAUACCCCAGUUUCUUGAAGACAUUGUCUUGGAUAAUCCUCUCAAAUCUGGUCCUGCACUUAUGAGCCACUCAGCUUGUGACUGAGCUCCCUCUCAAGUUCUUUUACAUUGACCUGUCAAACUGAACUUUCAGGAACCAGAUACCAUGUCAAAUCAACCAACAGAUGUCUCUCUCAAAUGAGUUGGAAAAGAACCAACCUGGAGAAGUCAUAAACAAGGAAACAUGCAACCCAAGGACUUUCAAUGAAUUGGCAUAA